AGGAGACACCUGAGAAAGCGGGAACACGCUCCACCACCGGCUCUCUCUCUCUCUUUCUCUCUUGCCGCUUCACUCCCUCCCUCGCUCGCUCGCUCGCUCACUCACUCAUUCAACUACUCUUCGGCCGGCUGGCAGGCCGACGACUCCUAUAAAUACCCUAAGAUCCGCUCCUUUCGCUCCCUAUUAAUACUCCACCACUUAAAAGACCAAAAGAGAAAAUACAAACAAAGAAUUUCAAUCAGAUAAAGAGAGAAAAUAGGUUGAGCAAAAUCGGCUAGAUCGGAGAUUCUUCAAUCCCUUGUCCGAAUCAAUAACACGAAAACCAAAAUUUCUGCUUUCUGAGCUUUAUUUUAAUUUUUCUCUUUUGAUCGUUUUUGUGCUCUGUUUUUGGUUACAUGAUCUCAAAAGUUUUCCUGCGUCUGGCUGUGAAUUCGGUGUUUAAAUGGAACAGAAAAGCAUAUUGUUAUGAGCGUGGAAUCUCAAAUCUUCGUGUGUAGCGGUUAAUUAUAAUCGUCGUAAGAACUUUGCGUUUUUGUGUUAGAUCCUGUUUGGUUACAAGAUCUGGUUUUUUUUUUUUUUUUUGGUCAUUUGGCUGUGGAAUUCGGUCAUAAAUGGAGCAGAAAAGCGUAUGGUUAUCGGCGUUGAGUGUAGGGGUGGGAGUGGGAUUGGGGCUCGGGUUGGCUUCCGGUCAGACCGUGAGCAACUGGACCGGAGCCGGUUCGGUUUCUAGCGGCGUUACUCUGGAGAGAAUGGAGCAGGAGAUUCUCCGGCUGAUAGUUGACGGCAGAGAAAGCAAGGUCACCUUCGACCAGUUUCCGUACUACCUCAGUGAGCAGACACGGGUCUUGCUAACAAGUGCUGCCUACGUCCAUUUGAAGCAUGCUGAUGUUUCUAAGUACAUACGAAAUCUUUCUCCUGCAAGUCGGGCUAUUUUGCUCUCAGGGCCUGCAGAGCUUUACCAACAAAUGCUUGCCAAGGCUUUAGCCCAUUUCUUUGAAGCAAAGUUACUACUGUUAGAUGUAACUGACUUUUCCUUGAAGAUUCAGAGCAAAUAUGGUAGUGCCAACAAAGAAUCUUCUUUUAAAAGGUCUACUUCAGAGUCAACACUGGAGCGAUUGUCUGGCAUAUUUGGAUCAUUUUCAAUCCUUCCACCAAGGGAGGAACCUAAAGGUACAUUACGGAGGCAAAGCAGUGGGGCGGAUAUCAGAUCAAGUUGCAGGCCAACAGAAGGUUCUUCUUAUCCUCCUAAACUUCGUAGGAAUGCCUCUGCUUCAGCUAAUAUCAGCAACCUCACUUUGCAAAGCACUCCUACAAAUCCAGCUCCUCUCAAGCGCACAAGCAGCUGGUCCUUUGAUGAGAAGCUUCUUAUACAGUCUCUCUACAAGGUUUUGGUUUUUGUGUCAAAAACCACUCCCAUUGUGCUAUAUCUUAGGGAUAUUGAUAACUUCUUGUUUAGAUCACGAAGGACAUGUAACUUGUUCCAGAAAAUGUUGGAGAAACUGUCUGGAUCAGUGCUGAUCCUUGGUUCACGAAUUGUGAAUCAUGACAAUGACUUAGGAGAUGUGGAUGAGAGGGUUACUGCUCUCUUCCCUUACAAUAUUGAGAUCAGACCCCCGGAAGAUGAAUCCCAUCUUGUCAGCUGGAAAUCUCAAUUGGAGGAGGAUAUGAAGAUGAUCCAGGUUCAGGAUAACAGAAUCCACAUCAUGGAAGUACUUACAUCAAAUGAUCUUGAUUGUGAAGAUCUGGAUACAAUCUGUAUGACAGACACUAUGGUUCUUAGUAACUAUAUAGAAGAGAUUGUGGUAUCAGCAAUUUCUUAUCAUUUAAUGAAUAACAAAGAUCCUGAUUACAGGAAUGGAAAACUUGUUAUAUCAUCUGAUAGUUUGUCCCAUGGAUUGAGUAUCUUCCACGAAGGGAAAUCCAGUGGCAAAGAUACGUUAAAGUUGGAAGCACAAGCUGAAACAUCUAAGAAUGCAGUAGGGGAAGCGGCUGUAGGCAUGAAGCCGGAAACAAAGGCUGAAAGCACAGGUCCUGAACACAAAAGUGAAGUUGCAUCAGCUUCAGUGCCAAAGACGGAUGGCAAUAAUUCAGUUCCAUCAACAAAAGCUCCAGAACCUGACAAUGAAUUUGAGAAACGCAUUAGGCCAGAGGUUAUACCAGCAAAUGAGAUUGAUGUAACCUUUGCUGAUAUUGGUGCCUUAGACGAUAUCAAAGAGUCCCUUCAGGAACUAGUAAUGCUCCCUCUUCGAAGACCAGAACUCUUCACCGGAGGCCUUUUAAAACCUUGCAGGGGAAUAUUGCUAUUUGGGCCCCCUGGCACCGGGAAGACAAUGAUGGCUAAGGCCAUUGCCAAGGAGGCCGGAGCAAGCUUCAUAAACGUAUCCAUGUCUACUAUCACUUCUAAAUGGUUUGGUGAAGAUGAGAAGAACGUUCGAGCUUUAUUCACACUGGCAGCCAAGGUCUCUCCGACUAUUAUAUUUGUGGAUGAGGUUGAUAGCAUGCUUGGGCAGCGGACCAGAGUUGGAGAGCAUGAAGCCAUGCGGAAGAUAAAGAAUGAGUUCAUGACUCACUGGGAUGGGCUCUUGACAAAACCGGGUGAGCGCAUUCUUGUUCUUGCUGCAACAAACAGGCCAUUUGACCUUGAUGAAGCAAUUAUUAGGCGCUUUGAACGGAGAAUUUUGGUGGGAUUGCCAUCCGUGGAGAAUAGGGAAAUGAUAUUGAGAACUCUCUUGGCAAAGGAAAAGGUGGAAGAAGGACUAGACUUUAAGGAGCUAGCAUCUAUGACAGACGGAUAUACAGGAAGUGAUCUGAAGAACUUGUGUACGACAGCUGCUUAUCGGCCAGUUAGAGAGCUAAUACAGCAAGAGAGACUGAAGGAUUUGGAGAAAAAGCAGAGAGCUGCAGAAGGGAAAGAAGUCCAAUCUAAAGAUUCAGGAGGUGCUUCAGACACAAAAGAACGUCAGGAGGAAAGAGUAAUUACCCUUAGGCCAUUGAAUAUGGAAGACUUGAGGCUAGCAAAAAAUCAGGUUGCUGCAAGCUUUGCUUCUGAAGGAUCUAUAAUGGGUGAGUUGAAUCAAUGGAACGAUUUGUAUGGGGAAGGGGGUUCGAGGAAGAAGCAGCAGUUAUCGUAUUUCUUAUGAUCAUACGAGUGCCGGAAGAACGAUCUUUACUACAGCGAGCACCGUUCACUUUUUUGGCCAAACCCUUUUUUUUUCCUUGGACCAGAAAGUUCCUCUCAUUGGUAAGAGGGAGUUGAAGCAAUCAACAAACAAAAUGCAGAUGCUUGUCCAGUCCACCAAGCCCUAAUUACUGCAGGUAAUUACAAAUAUGGAAAAUGUUACUAUAGUUCUGCUAGGGUUAUGCUUGUAUAAUAUGCUUCAGAUGGAUCUUUUUUACGUUUUUCGCUGCUUGAUUCUGAGAAUAAGAACAGCACACACCCCCGGACAACAAAACCGACACACGGCUGUGUUAAGAAGUGUUGUUAGGAAAUAGAUUUCUUAGUCCUCAGAGGUUGAGAGAAUUAUAGUGAAAGCAAUUAGGAGAUCCUUGGGCCUCUUAGGCAUGCUUGGACAUAGUGCUAUGUUGUGAACUUAGAUGGGAUUCGAGUAUCCAAAGUAACAUCGAUUCCCAAUAAUGUAUUUGUGGUAUUAGAUUAUUUGUUUAUGAUAAUCAAAUGAGUGAAUUUUGUUUUCAAAUUGUGUAACAUGUGAAUAGAAUUAUGUAUGGCUGGCUGGCGGCACUCUUUCCGCA